UAUUUCUUGACAUAUAAAUUGAGUAAUACUGAAGUGAAAAUACGUUUCAAAAAUAUUUGUAAAUUUUAUUGGUUAUAUUUUACAACACGAUUAUUUAUGUUCGAUUCAUGCGUGUUUACUUAAUAGUUGCUUAGCAAUCAGUUUAAGAAAUAAUCACGUUUCGAAUAUUAAAUUGAAUUCUAUGGAAUCGCAUACCUAAGUGGAAAAUAAUCUUCACGGUCUUUGUUUAAAAAAUUACAUAUAUAUUUACAUAUACGUUAAUUGCGGUAAUUUAACAAAAUGGCUUAUAAUCAACAACACAAAAUAAUUCUACAAACUAUUAUACACGAAGGUUUUAUAGAUGAAAAUAAAGCAAAAGAUUUAGUUAUUAAAUUAUUUGAUACUGAUAACGUGUCGGCAGUAAUAAAUAGGAUAAAUGAACAAUUACACCCUUUAAAUAUGUUAAUUAGAAAAGGACAAUGUGAAAUCACCGGUCAGGUGUAUUGGAUUUUAAUAAGUACCGUACUUGAUGAAGUAACCAGGUUUCAGACUGAAUUUUCAGAAGCACAACUGGCAUUACUAAGGAAUAUAUUUUCUGAAAUUAUCACAUCAAGCAUUAGAUGUGUACAAAGUACAAUAUGUUUAAAUUUUUGUUCUUCCCCAGAUGUAAAAUUAUCAAAAACAGAUGCUGAAGAAUUUUUAAAUGAUAUAGUUCAAAGACAAUGGUUGGUUUAUAAGGAUGGUUAUUAUUAUUUAGGUGUAAGAAGUAUAACAGAGUUAAUGCCAUACUUUAGAGCUACUUAUGAAAAUAAUUUAAGCACCUGUUGCCUUUGUAAACAAGUUAUCUUUUAUGGAAACAAGUGUAAUUACUGUGAAGCCUUACUGCACUUAUACUGUUUAAAUACAUUUGCCAUGAUUCACAACCGUGUGAAAUGUCCUAAUUGUAACAGUGUCAUUACAGAUGUUGAUUAAGCUUCUUUACCAGUUUAAAGUAUUAAUUUUAUACUUUGAAAUAAAAAUAUAUUUUUUUAAUUAAA